CGGAUGGUACGUUCCGCACGUGAGCUGGGUGCUGGUCUGGCCGGCGACGCGCGUGCCCUGUGGCCAAACACUGCCCGGAGUGAGAGCAAACUACCAGCGCUGAGGGGCCGGCGGGAGUGUGGGUUCGUGUGUAUGCGUCUGUGUGCAGGAGAGCGAGCGCGGUGGUAGGGGGACCAACUGCUUCACACUUUCAACACUGCACUGAAGAGGGAGAGCGAGAGACUGGAGACGCACAGAUCCCCCCAAGAUCUCUCAAAGCUACCGUCCCACAGAUUAUAGAACAGGACCCCCCAAAAAACGAAACAGAGGAAAACGGACAGCGGUUGGACAUGGACGAAGGAAUUCCUCAUUUGCAAGAGAGACAGUUACUGGAACAUAGAGAUUUUAUAGGCCUGGACUAUUCCUCUUUGUAUAUGUGUAAACCCAAAAGGAGCAUGAAGCGAGACGAUAGCAAGGAUACCUAUAAAUUACCGCAUAGAUUGAUAGAAAAGAAAAGAAGAGACCGGAUUAAUGAAUGCAUUGCUCAGCUGAAAGAUUUACUGCCUGAACAUCUGAAGUUGACAACGCUGGGGCAUCUGGAGAAAGCGGUAGUCUUGGAAUUAACUUUGAAACACUUAAAAGCUUUAACAGCCUUAACCGAGCAGCAGCAUCAGAAGAUAAUUGCUUUACAGAAUGGGGAGCGAUCUCUGAAAUCGCCCAUUCAGUCCGACUUGGACGCGUUCCACUCGGGAUUUCAAACAUGCGCCAAAGAAGUCUUGCAAUACCUCUCCCGGUUUGAGAGCUGGACGCCCAGGGAGCCGCGGUGCGUCCAGCUGAUCAACCACUUGCACGCCGUGGCCACCCAGUUCUUGCCCACCCCCCAGCUGUUGACUCCACAGGUCCCCCUGAGCCAAGGCACCGGGGCGUCCUCGGCCUGGAAAGCCUACUGA